AUGGAACUAGGCGAAUAUAAUUAUUCGCUGAUAUCGAGUCCUUAUGAUAGUUUUAUGCGAAAACAUCUUCAACAUUAUGGUUAUUUUUCUGGUCGAGGAGAAGUGAUAAAAAAAUAUGGUUUUUUUCCGUCAAAAUCUCAACUUAUUUCAUCAUCAAGUGAUUCGGAAUCAAGUAGUAGUGACGAAGAACAAGAAAUGUAUAGUCGUACAGGAUAUCGUUUAUCUAUUGAUCAACUUCAUAUAAGUUUUCCUACUGAAUAUAAAAGUAGAUCCAGUGUUCCGGAUACAAAAGUACCUAUUCGGCAAGCUCGUAUACCAUAUGGUUUAAAUUGUCGAAGUGGUCCAAAUGAUGAUUAUUCCUUUGAACCUCGAUGGCCUAUGGAAGUUGAAGUAUUAAAUGAACCACGCAUUAAACAUAUUAGUGUUUCGCCAACACAAGCUGAAUCUUUCUAUAAACCAACAACUAAUCAUGGACCAUUUAUACGUAGUUGUGAUGAAAAUAAUGGUCGUGUUGUUUUCAAUUAUAAUCCAGAAUCAUGUGGUUAUUUUAUUCGAUCUCGAAUUGGUGGUAAUAGAGAAGGUUGUCGACAAGCAGCUAUUUCACUUCGAAAUGAUGAAGAUACAACUGUUUUAUUUGAAUCACGCUUUGAAAGUGGAAAUUUAAUGAAAGCUGUUCAAGUAGGUGAAUUUGAAUAUGAACUUUAUCUUCGAUAUGAUCUUUACACGAAACGUAACACACAAUGGUUUUAUUUUCGUAUGCAAAAUAUUCGAGCUGAUAGACGAUAUCGGUUUACGAUUGUUAACUUUUUUAAACCUACAAGCUUGUAUAGUUAUGGAAUGAGACCUUUGCUGUACAGUGUUUUUGAUGCAGAAACUAAGGGUAUUGGUUGGCAACGAUGGGGUGAAGAAAUUGUCUACUAUAAAAAUAAUCUGCCUGCGCCUGACAAUUCCUCAUGUAAUAUGUAUUCUCUUACUUGGACAUGUAAAUUCACAAAUAAUAAUGAUACCUAUUACUUUGCUCAUUGUUAUCCAUAUACAUAUUCUGAUUUACAAGAUUAUCUUAAUGAAAUUCAAAGCGACCGUUUUAAAAGUCAAUAUUGUAAACAAAAAGUUCUUUGUCGAACAUUAGCUGGAAAUUUUAUUUAUUUACUUACAAUAACAAAUCCAGCAACUGUACAUGGAAAUAAUACAAGUACAUCGCCUGAAAAUCAAGUAAAAAAAGGUGUUGUUGUAAGUGCACGUGUUCAUCCAGGUGAAACAAAUGCAUCGUGGAUGAUGAAAGGUUUAUUAGAUUUUUUACUUGGUGAUUCCGCUGAUGCAAAAUUACUUCGAGAUAAUUUUAUUUUUAAAAUAGUUCCAAUGCUUAAUCCCGAUGGUGUUAUUGUUGGAAAUUAUCGUUGUUCAUUAUCAGGUCGAGAUUUAAAUCGAAAUUAUAAAACAAUACUUAAAGAUGCUUAUCCAUCUAUAUGGCAUACAAGAGAAAUGAUAAAAAGAUUUAUGAAUGAAACAGAACUUGUCCUUUAUUGUGAUUUUCAUGGUCAUUCGAGAAAACAAAAUGUUUUUGUUUAUGGUUGUGAAAAUAAACAUUUACCUGAUGAAAGAUUUAAAGAAAGAAUAUUUCCAGCAAUGUUAUCCAAAAAUGAUCCUGCAAAAUUUUCAUUUUAUUCAUGUAAAUUUAAAGUUCAAAAGCAUAAGGAAGGUACAGGACGAGUUGUCAUGUGGGCUAUGGGUAUUUUGAAUAGUUAUACAUUAGAGGCAACAUUUUGUGGAUCAACUCAACAGGAUCGAGCUGGUCAUCAUUUUACAAUAAAAGAUUUUGAAUCAAUUGGUUAUCAUUUUCUUGAUUCUUUACUUGAUUAUUGUGACCCAGAUCAUACAAAAGAACCAUAUCGUCAAAAUUUACAUGAUGAAUUGUUAAAUGGUAAUCUAAUAACAGAUGAAGAUUUAAAAGAUUUUGAUACAUCAUAUGAUGAUUCAAAGCAUAAAAAUAAAACACGAAUUGAUAUAAAACAAGAACUAACAAUAUCUACUGAUAAUAAACAUUCAAAAGUUCGAACAGCAAAUAAAUUAAAUAUUUCUUGUAAUAUUAACAGUGCUCCGAAUAUGCAUCGUUCAAAAUCACAAUUAGUUUUAACAACAAAACAAAAAGAAAUAAAUAUGAAUUCUUCUUGCCCUGUACCACCACGAAAUCGAAUAUUAGCUGAAAUUGAAGAUAAUUUACGACGUUCUAUACAAAUGAAACUUAUAUCACGUGGUGUUAAUCCAGCAUCAUUAGCAGAUAUUGAUCUUGAUCAAUUUUCAUCUGAUGAUGAUUCAAGUGAUGAUGUAGGAUCAGAUUCAUCAAUGGAUGAUGGUCUGCCAAAGCAUUUAGAAGCAAUUGCAGCAGCUAAAGCUCAAUUGAAAAAAACAAGAAAAAAAACGGUACCAACAAAACCAACUAGAGACACUAGAAGAAAAGAUGAAAUAGAUAAAGAAAAUCUUGAAAAAAACAAAACUGUUGGCUUAUCCUUAUCAAAAAUUCGUCAUUCUCAAUUUCCAACUAUUACUGAACUUGAAAGUAUGCAACAAGGAAGAAAACGUCGUAGUCAUGUGACUUAUCAUGUUUGCAAAUGUUUAGCCUGUUUAAAGGCACAAAUGUCCCCUAUUGAAAUGCCGCUGAGUAAUGAUAUGACUAAACCAAUAUCAUUAACAUCAGCACGUCGAUUAAAAGAUACCAAUAAUGAUCCAGGUCGAUAUGAAAGUUCAAAUAGUUUAAGUAAUCGUUCGAAUCGAUGGUCAACAUCAACAACACAAAUGACAAAUGGUCGUAUAACAACAGCUGAAGAAAAGGCACGACGAUCUCAGGCUGAAUAUUAUAAACUUUUAACUCGUGAUGUGCCAUCUGAUGAUCGUGAAAAACAACAAAUACAGCAGCAAUUACAAACUUUAGAUGAUGAUAUCCUAAUAACAUCUACUUUUUUUCCAAGACAGCCAUCAUCAUCAGAGAAUUUACCUGAAGAAGACCUUCCAGUUGGUUAUUCUUCUGGUCCAUCAUGCCAAACAACAGAGGUUAAUGAACCUACAUUGACGAGUGAAUCUCGCGAUGUUUUUACAGCUACUUAUUUACUCCGAAGACUUAAUUGUCUUGAACGUGAAUCAGGAGCAAAUACAAAUGUUUUAUCAACAACUUAUCCAAUAUUAGCGUCAUCUUCACGUGUUGAGGAUGAUACAGCUGGUCAAUUAACAACUGAUAAUGAUACUGAUAUUGAUAUGAGUCGAACAAACAUACUGAAUUCAAAUGAAGAUGGACGACAAUCAACAAAUGCAUUCGUUACGAAUCGAGUUUCUGCUCAUUUAAAUGAACGAUUACUUGGCACACCUCGACCAUCAACUCGACCAAAAACAACAACAACAAAUGUUCUACAAAAUCGAACGGUUCUUGAUAUACGAUCUAUUCAACCACCUAUGCAAACAUCAAAUCUAAAACGUAUUGCCGAACAACAACAACAUCAAAGACAACGAGUAAUGAUGGUAUUUGGUAAGCAAAAUCCUAGUGAAAUGACUGAGAAAACAACUUCAAUAUCAUCACGUACAUUUCAUUUAUCAAUAAACGAACGAAGACCAGAUGAUUCAUCUCUAUAUUAUGAUAGUUCAUCAUCAGUAGUGUCAAGACUUUAUCCAAUUCAACAAGAUAAUAUAUCAAUGAAUAUAACUUCUCGUUUUGAUUCAACAUCAAUAAAUAGAUCACAGAUGAUCAAUAGAAUUAUAAAAUUUUCUAUAAUGAGCUCAUCAACACCAAAACCUGUUACACUUGAAGGCAGUUGUCAUUGUCAACGUGUAAAAUUUUCAGUCGAUUCAUAUACUCCUUAUCCGUAUAUGAUUUGUCAUUGUCUUGCAGAUACGAAAACAACUGGUGUAUUUAAUUGUAACAUUAUGGGUGAACAUUCAACAUUUAAAUUAAAACAAGGGCAAGAAUUUGUUAAAAUUUAUCAAGUUAAAUUAUCUGAAACUGAAAGUGGUAAAAAUGAAUCAUCAAGUACAAAAUUAAGUCCUCAUAAACGACAUUUUUGUUCGGAAUGUGGUUCAUAUCUUUGGGCUUAUCAUGAUGCAUAUCCACAAUGGAUUUAUCCAUUUGCAUCAUGUAUUGAUACACCAUUACCAAAACCUGAUGAAUAUUAUCAUAUAAUGACAGAUUUUAAACUUAAUCAUGUAGAAAUUCCAACUGGCAAAAAUAUUCAUACAUAUCCUCGUUAUCCAGAAGGAAGUAUUGAAGAAUGGCACAAAAAACAUGGCCUUUAUGGAACAUAUACAAUAGACAAAUAA